AUGGUUAUCUCUGGGAGCCUGUACAUCGCGUUACGGGAAGUCCGGAGGAGUAAUGACAGCAGAGUCAUAUGGGCCGACGCAAUCUGUAUCAACCAGGAAGACGUCAAAGAAAGAGGCCAGCAGGUAGCGCUGAUGGGACAGAUAUUCAGCGGCGCUUGGCAAGUCAUAAUUUGGCUUGGCGAGGAAACGGACCGCUGCAUUUGUGGAAAGACUGUCCUUAAAACAUCUCUUUCGUCAGUCUCAAAGGCCUUCUCUGGGGUCUGUUCAGUCGUCAAUGACUGGCUGGCUCAAUGUGGCCAAGAGGCUCUCGAAGCAACUUACUCGGAUAUCUCAAAAGAUGGCCAAUCUGCCGCACAUCAUGCCAGCACCGACGAUGGCGGAUACUGCCGCUCUGCGAUGAUGCAACUUUUCAGACGACGCUGGUUCUCCCGAAUCUGGGUACUGCAAGAAGCUGUCCUAGCCAGGCAUGCUGCUGUUCAACUCGGCUCGUACCAGAUUCCAUGGGAGUGGGUUGGACUCGCAGCAGCUAUAGUUGUCCAUAAACCCGAGCUGUCGCCCAAUAGCUUUGGGCGAGACAUGAUUCCUACUGGAGCAAUGAACAGUUAUCUCAUGUAUCGACUGUCGGUUUCGCAAAAGUGUUUCCCACAACUAGAAUUCUCAUUUGCUCAAUUGCUUCAAGUCACACGACAGUUUGAGAGUAAAGAGCCUAAGGACAAGAUCUAUGGGUUGUUAGGUAUUGAAACAACAGACUCAGUCGGCAAAAAGAUCGUCCCAGACUAUCGGGAGGCAACUACUUCAGAGAAGGUCUACGAGGAUAUUGCUAGACUUAUGCUCGAGUCGGCCUCGUCUUUGACGUUUCUUUCUGGGGCAGGGACCUUUGGAGACUAUGACCCUACCGGGCCAUCAUGGGUACCCAGUUGGCAUAAGCGCCGACCCUGGACAAUAUUACCGACCAAGCAAAAUUCAGGCUUUCAAUGUGCAUCUGCUGCUCCAAUGGAAAUUAAUCGCAACAGCCAAGCAGGAGAGCUCGUUCUUCGAGGGGUAAUAGUUGACUGCAUCUACUCCAUGCAAGAACGCCGUGACUAUGGGCGUAUCUUUGACCAAAACGACAAAAGCCGCGAGAAGCUCCUAAAUCAGCCAAGAUGGAGCAAAGAAGCGUGGAGAAAAUGUGCCUUGACUUUGACAUGCGGCGGCGAGGGGAGAGCAUAUCCCGUUGAUGACGAGGCUGCUCAUCUCGCCGAUCUAGCUGCUUUGGUCCUCUCAGGAAGUGCCCACUGGAUCAUGAGAGAUCUUAUCGCACUUCGAGAUGUUAUCGAGCCAGAAGGCGACGAAACGACACAGGUGGAGUACCUUAAUGAGAUUGUUGAAGGGGGGAAUUAUCGGCGAUAUAUAAGCGCUGUGGAACCUAUCCGUGAUUCUUAUAGGUUGUUUGAUACUAACUCGAAUUACUUCGGCGUUGGGCCUGUUGAUAUGAAGAUAGGGGAUCGACUUUGCGUCCUGUUUGGUGCCGAAGUUCCGUUUUUGUUGAGGCCGAAGGAAGAUGGGUACUUGGUUGUUGGGGAGUGCUAUGUGCAUGAUUUGAUGCAUGGCGAAGUCCUCGAGAAGCUUGCCUCUGAUCCUGGUGGACGAUUUAAAGCUAAAUGGUUCAAACUUGUUUAG